CAGGGCGCGGAGCGGCUGGACCCCGAGCGUCUCGCCCGCCGCACCCCGGCCCGGGCGCCCCCAGGAGGCUGGAGACUCGGGGACCCCCGCGCUCGCCCCGGGCCCUGCAGGGGGCGCAGUCCGGCCUCCGCCACCCGCUGCCCGGCGACGCUCGGGGCGAGCCCAGGGUCCAGGGGGAGGCGCCAGGAGCGCGUCCCGCGCCCGGGAGACGCCGACGGCCCGGAGGGGGCGCCCUGGGGGUCCGCCCGGCGCCGCGCCCCCCGCGCAGGCGGCGCGCCUCGCCGGGCACCCCCACCGGUCCGGCCCGAGGAUGGUCAACGAGCGCUGGAAAGCCGUGGGCGCCGCGUCCCAACUUGAGGAGCGGCCGCGCGACAAGCCGCAGUGGCCGAGCUGCGGCUAUGUGCUGUGCACCGUCCUGCUGUCGCUGGCCGUGCUGCUGGCCGUGGCUGUGACGGGGGCCAUGCUGUUCCUCAACCACAACCGCGUGGCCGGCUCGGCUCCCCCGCCCGUGGUCAGCACGGGGCCUGCUGGCCCCAACAGCGCCCUGGUCACCGUGGAGAGGGCGGACAGCUCGGGCCUCAGCAUCCUCAUCGACCCGCGCUGCCCCGACCUGGCGGACGGCUUCUCGCGCCUGGAGGACGCCCAGACGUCGGUGCUGCGGGCGCUCACGGAGCAGCAGGCCCGGCGGCCGGGGGGCCCUCAGGAGCGGGAGCUGCUCUCGGCGCUGGCCUCGGAGCUGCCCCGACUGCGGGCGCGCGCUGCGGAGCUGCAGGCGGAGUGCGCCGAGCUGCGGAAGGGGCAGGGCGCGCUGGGCCAGGGUCUGAGCACCCUGCGGAGCGAGCAGGGACACCUCAUCCAGCUCCUCUCCGAGAGCCAGGAGCACGUGGCCCACCUGGCGAGCUCCAUCGGCGACGUCCUAGACACACUGCAGCGGGACCGUGGACUGGGCCGGCCUCGCGCCAAGGCGGAUCUGCAGAGAGCCCCGGGCAGGGCCCUGCGGCCCCGGAGCUGCCCUGGGGGCCCUCGGCCCCGCGACUGCCUGGACGUGCUCCUGGGCGGCCAGCAGGAAGACGGGGUGUACUCCGUGUUCCCCACGCACUACCCCGCCGGCUUCCAGGUCUACUGCGAUAUGCGCACAGACGGCGGUGGCUGGACGGUGUUUCAGCGGCGACAGGACGGCUCCGUGAACUUCUUCCGCGGCUGGGAGGCCUAUCGGGACGGCUUCGGCAAGCUCACAGGGGAGCACUGGCUAGGAUUGAGGCGCAUCCAUGCCCUGACCACACAGGCCACUUAUGAGCUGCACGUGGACCUGGAGGACUUCGACAACGGCACGGCCUUCGCCCACUACCGCAGCUUUGGCGUCGGCCUGUUCUCUGUGGACCCCGAGGAGGACGGGUACCCGCUCACCGUCGCGGACUACUCGGGCACUGCAGGGGACUCGCUCCUGAAGCACAGCGGCAUGAGGUUCACCACCAAGGACCGCGACAGCGACCACUCGGAGAACAACUGCGCCGCCUUCUACCGCGGCGCCUGGUGGUACCGCAACUGCCACACGUCGAACCUCAACGGGCAGUACCUGCGCGGCGCGCACACCUCCUACGCGGACGGCGUCGAGUGGUCCUCCUGGACCGGCUGGCAGUACUCGCUCAAGUUCUCCGAGAUGAAGAUCCGGCCGGUCCGAGAGGACCACUAGCUCGGCGCCCACGCCCCGC